CUUUUCCUCUCCUUCACUGACUGUCUGUCCGACCUUCCUUCCUUCAAACUACUACUUGUACUGUACACCCAUACAGAUAAAUACCCCUCACCAACUCCACCACCUCCACCACUCUUCCUCCUCCAUCUCCAUAUUCAUAAACCUCCUCUCGACCCGUCCGCCCUCGUGCAACCGGUCGAAACCCCACUCUGCCCACCAUAGCUUCGAUCUUCCAACGACUCUUCGGCUCCUUCGCCGCGCCCUCCCCCGCCGCCAUGGCCAACGCAAAGACCACCGCCCAGAACCUGAUCAACGAGAAUGGCGUUGUCGUUUUCUCGAAAUCCUACUGCCCCUACUGCGUCGCCAGCAAGCGUUUCCUCGAGAAGCUCGGCGCAGAGUUCAAGGUCCUUGAGCUUGAUCAGACUCCCGACGGCCAGGCUAUCCAGGAUGCGCUCCAGGAGAUCACCUCGCAGCGCACCGUGCCCAACAUCUUCAUUGGGCAGAAGCACAUUGGCGGGAACUCUGAUCUGCAGAGCCAGAAUCCUGCGCAGCUGAAGAAGAUGUUGACUGAUGCUGGGGCUUUGUAGGCUUAGUUAGAUCUUUUGAUUUGGGUUGUGUUUGGGAGGGAUUAGAGGGAUGAUAGAUACAACGUGGAUUUUGAAUGAAUGUAUUGCGGGUUUCUCUUGAGGUU